UCCGUCUCCUACCAACAGCCGCCACCACCGCACCGCUCCUCCUCCAUUUCCAAACUCCAUCAGCGCCACCAAUCAUGUCCGGGCGCGGCAAGGGCGGGAAGGGGCUGGGCAAGGGCGGCGCGAAGCGUCACCGGAAGGUGCUGCGGGACAACAUCCAGGGCAUCACCAAGCCGGCGAUCCGGCGGCUGGCGCGGCGGGGCGGCGUGAAGCGCAUCUCGGGGCUCAUCUACGAGGAGACCCGCGGCGUGCUCAAGAUCUUCCUCGAGAACGUCAUCCGUGACGCCGUCACCUACACCGAGCACGCCCGCCGCAAGACCGUCACCGCCAUGGACGUCGUCUACGCGCUCAAGCGACAGGGCCGCACCCUCUACGGAUUCGGCGGCUGAUCUGCUGCUGCUGCUGCUGUUCGGUUCAGUCUCUGCUCUAUGGCUUUCUUCUGAGUGCGUGCGUUGUUGUUCCAUUGAUCUGUGUAGUUACUGGCGAUUGAAUAUGAAUGGAAUGGAAUUAGCGUUCUAAUGGUUUUA